GUUCUGUCAGCCCCGCCUCGCCUCCGCUCCUAGCCCCGCGCGUCACGUGACGCCCCCCUCCAAUCGCGUCGCUCCUCGCCGCGCCGAAGCCAAUGAGGCGCCGGCUCCCUUCCCUUCCUGCCGGGUCCUGCGCGGGAGCCGCGCCGCUCGGCUCAACCAAUGGGAAAGCGGCGGGCGGUGAUGGGCGGCGGGCUCGGCCUAUCAGACGGCGCGGGGGGCGGGGCGGCGGCCGGGCAAGAUGGCGAAGACGUACGACUAUCUCUUCAAGCUGCUGCUCAUCGGCGACUCGGGCGUGGGGAAGACGUGCGCGCUCUUCCGCUUCUCCGAGGACGCCUUCAACGCCACCUUCAUCUCCACCAUCGGUAUCGAUUUUAAAAUUAGGACCAUAGAGCUAGAUGGGAAGAGAAUUAAGCUGCAGAUCUGGGAUACGGCUGGGCAGGAGCGGUUUCGAACCAUCACGACAGCGUACUACAGGGGAGCGAUGGGCAUUAUGUUAGUCUAUGACAUCACCAAUGAAAAAUCUUUUGAAAAUAUUCGGAACUGGGUCAGGAACAUUGAAGAGCACGCCUCUCCGGAUGUUGAAAAAAUGAUCCUUGGGAAUAAAUGUGAUGCAAAUGACAAAAGACAAGUUUCUAGAGAGCAGGGGGAGAAGCUUGCAGCAAGCUUUGGAAUUAAAUUUAUGGAGACCAGUGCAAAAGCAAAUAUAAACAUAGAGAAUGCAUUUUUCACUCUUGCCAGAGAUAUCAAAGCAAAAAUGGACAAGAAGUUGGAAGGCAAUAGCCCACAAGGCAGCAACCAGGGAGUCAAAAUCACACCAGACCAGCAAAAGAAAAGCAGCUUUUUCCGAUGUGUUCUUCUGUGAGGGACACGGCCUUAAUCUGAGCAUCUGCUCAACUGAACUGGACUGUGCCUGUUCUGAGUGAGACUUCCUCUGUCUGUGGACUUAGCAUUUUCAACACACAUUGUCACUUUGUGACCAUCUGAAUAAGAAAUUGUUUAUUUUAGUAAUUGUCUGACUCUUCAAUUUUGGAGAUGAAACAAGUUUAUUUUUGUCAGAUUGCCACUGGGCAUAUGUAUUGUCUAGCAGAGGGAAUACAGAUCAAAUGUGACCUGUAAUAGCACCUUUGCUGACAGGCUUCAACCUUAUUGUUCACAUCUGUAAUGUAUCCAAAUUAGAAAGAUUAAGUUAUGAUCAAAAUAAGAAACCGAAAUGCCAAUAUUAAUAAAGUACAGGGAUGUGUACAUGAUACAUGUGCAUAUCCAUAUCUAGAUGCAUAUAAAACAGUUGCAUCAAAACAUCAAACGAAUGCACUUAAGCAAGCAGUACAGGUAUGUAUAUACCUUUUCAGAAGGUAGAAGGAAGCUUUCUACAUCUCCACCUUUUUGCUACUACAGAGUAAAUCCUUAAUCUGCCUAAUUACUCAAAUAUGUUUUUCUAGACAAUCCACAAGUACAAUUAGAGUAAAAAAAAUAUUUCAGAGGAAUCUAUUUUAAAAAAAAAGUACUGUAAAUGUAAUGGUUCCUUACCAUCAGGAAUUUAUUUAUCCGUGUUAAAGAUGACCAUGUUUAAUUAAAUAAUCCACACAUUUAACAGGAGAUAAUAGAUACAAUGUGUCCCAUGCAAAUGAUCUGUGGUCUGUUUUUGGAGAAACAGACCCUAGGGACAUACUCAGCGUAUAAUAUCGCAGUGGACAGCUUUUCCUUCUCCAUUUGAGAAUGACUCCAGACUUGUCAUGAUGUAGUAGCUAGUUAUAAAUUGUGACAAGAAAAUGUAUUGCACUGCUUCCAGUUGUGUGUUCUCAUGCACACUUGCUCACAUAUGCAAAUAAAUGUUGCACAUAUGAACACUUUCUGAAAACAAACUUUUUAAACUGAGAUUUGCCUUGCUGCUGUGUAUUGAUCAUUUCAGAUUCCAAGCAGCAACAAACCUGUUAAUAGCGUGCAUCAAUGCAAAUGAUAUUUAGUUCUCAGUGGAAAUAUUUAUUCUUAUAAACACAGUCUUGUACAUUCCGAUGUAUAAAAUGUACCAGCCUAGUAAAGCACCUAGGUAGCCACUUGCUCUCCAUUCCGAGCUGCAAGCCUGACUCUAGUUAGAUUGAUAAAAGGAGCCAGUAAGAGCAAUCUACUUAGAAGUCUGCUGUCAAGUAAUUGGAAUUAUGGUAUAUUUGACCCAAAUGAACAUAUCAGCUGUGUCCUGCAACUCACUGGAUUUGUUAACGUGCUGCUUUGUUUACAUUGACAACUGCACUUAAGGGUAACAUUAAAGCUCAUUUUAAUGAAUUUAUUUACCAGCUUUGCUUUCUUCAAGUUUGUGGUAUUGCAUUCAGGCCUCAAAGUAGCACUCAUAAGUGUUACUGUAGUUAAUUAUGAAUCUGAUAGAUAUUUAAACUUUAUAAAUCUGCAGCAUGCAAUUGGGCUCAACAGGAAUAUUGCCCCUUUCUCUAAAAUAAAAAAAUAUUGCUUAAGUUACUGGAUUAUAAAAAUGCAUUUUAUAUGCCACCAACUUUUUCCUUUUAAUAGUUAGCAGAUUAAAAUGAGCUCUGUUCAUUAUUAAAAUCAUAUGUAAAACUUCCCUCUAACCAGUACCUUAUGAUGUUUUGUUCUUGUUUGUGUGUUUGCUUGUGGCUUUUUAGUGUGAGGACGUGGUGAACAUGCACCACGCUGAAUUACAUGCAGAUGUAUUUGUAGGAUAAAAUCAUAUUAAGGUACUGAAGAGCCUUCUAGUCAGUAUGUGCUUCAAAGGGUAGGUAAUACACAGCUGUAGAUUGGGCAAGCAAUGCUACUUACUUUGUAUAAGGAUGUUUAAAAAAAAAAAAAAGACUAUGCUUCAAAAAAUUACUGGGGCAAAAUUGGGGAGGUGAUUCAGGCAUGGUCUGAAUGCUGUUCUACACAAAACAGAUCUGUUUAAUGAUUUGUUUCUGGCUUAGUAAGCGUGGUUUGUAUCAUAGCUAUCCUUCUUCUUUAAUAUAGCCAGAUGUUGCAGCCAGACUUAUUUUUGGAAAUGACUGGAAAAAUCAGUGGUUAAUCUAACUUGAUAUUGUGGGGCUGUUCACCACGACAGUGGGUCUUGCCUGUUGACAGCAUCUAAAUAGAUAACUUGUCCUGAGAUGAGAAAGAAAUAACACAUUAACUGAAAAGUGGAUAAAACUUGAAGGAUUGAUUUGUUUUUCAUUCCCCAUUUUCUAAAUCUUAUGUUACUAUUUUGCAUUUAAAAACUAACUCUGUCUGUGAACAACUUCAUUUAAACUUAUGCUGGUUGUUGCACGUGUUUAUAUACCUAAUUUAUAUCACAAUUUCCAAACUGAUUCGUUUUGUUCAAGGAACAAUUAUGUUACUGCCCGAUCUCAGGAAGUUUCACGCAGUUACUGUGACCUACAGUCAUCACUGUACUUCUAGGGUAUACAGACUCGCAGAAAUUAUAUCAGUGUAAGCAAUAUGAAACCUCAAAAUAUGAAUGCAAAUGUAAGACAGGGAAAGGUUAAAGACACUGCAGUUGCAUGUAUGCUUGGCUAUGUGUUGCUAAAUGCUGACAUCAAAUGUUGGAUAAGUACAAUAUGCAGUUGAUGUUUCCAUCGCAUAAUUAAACUGUGUUUUUUGAGCAUGAAUGUUAUGAAAACACAAUGAUCAAAAGAGGUACUGUGUAAAUGAAUACAGGAAUGUAUUUAUAUGUAAGCUUUCUUUAACUAAGAUGGAAAAAAUCUGAAAUUGGAUACAGAAUUUGUAAAACAGGAACUUAAGUAGAUCCGUAAAGCUAACGAUGCGCUUGCUA